UAUGUCGCACUUUGGAUAAAGGAAAAUACUCAGUGAAAUAUUUUAAAUAUUCGUAACACGUAGUAUCAGUGUGUACGUGUUUCAUUGCGUUAGUUUAAACUCUUUCGUUUCUUAUUACCCAAGAAUUCAUACGGCCCUGAAAUCAUCGGACGUGCUUUAAUAUUUCAGUAGUAUCCGUAUUACUAUAUGCGUGUGGACGCUCGAAUAAAACGAACGUGAUUCACGCGCGUUGCUGCUGAAUUUUACGACAGUUCACGGCAGAUCGCGUCGCGCCAUUCACUAGUUGCUGUCGCGAGGCAUCGAUGAUUGGUCCUUUAUUUUGCGUGCGCCGAUAAUUACGUAUAAUAAUACGUGCCUUUGUAUAUUAUUGCUCGAUACCGGUUUUAAAGGCCCGUCGAACGACCAGCUGAAAGUUAACGGAGUUUCGACAAACAACCAUCUGUCAGAUUUGACAAUCGAAAAAUUUGUGCGUCUGGUUUAUUCAAAUACGAUUGACUUUUCAAAAGCAUGGAGAUGCGUUUAAUCGUGUUGUCCUUGUGCCUCACGUUAAUUUGUGCAAGUUCGGUGAGAUUUGACAGACCGAAAGCGUUUGCCUUUUUACCAUCUAUUCGUAAUCUUAGUUUUCAAUCGAGACUCGGUGAAUCUGAACUGGAACGUUAUCCUCUUGGCGUAGAAGCUGUUUUAAGCGUUGCUUUGAAAUUGCAUCAAGCCUUUGAAGAUGGCGCCACAGUGCCGACAAAUUUUUUAGUUUCACCCUUAGCCGUCGCUGGCGCCCUUGGUCAACUGAUGCUUGGCGCUAGGGGAGAGUUUCGGAAACAGCUGGGGACACUUCUCACAUUGCAGGAUGCUGUUCGGAAUAGAUCCUCGUCUACCCCUGACACGGACUUUUCAAAAAUACACAAUGAAUCGAGGGCGAAUUUGACGAUAGAAAAAAGUGCACGUCCGAUAAUCGGUAGCAGAAUACGUGUUAAGAGUAUCGAGAAUCAUCAGGGUCCAAAAGUACCGUCCUUGAGUGCCAUGCGAAAAGACGGACUUCCGGGAUUGGAAUUACAUCGACAACUGGGUGGAUUGAUUCGAGCACUUUCCAGUCCCCUUCAAAAACAAGGCAACGAGACGAACGUGCUAGCAAAGUCGUACUUGCACGCGUCCAGUGUAUUUUUUGCCGAUAAAGAUCUCGACGUCAAUGAGCAGUUCGUUCGCGCUGUUACGGAUUUCUAUGGUUCGAAUCUGGUUCCAGUCAAUUUCAGGGAAGAUCCAUUGGGGUGCCAGGAAUUAAUCAAUCAGUGGGGAUCGAGGGAAACCGGUGGAUUGAUAUCAAAUUUUUUGGAACAUCCACCACCACGCGAUGCAGCUGUAAUGCAACUUACCGCUGUGCAUUUUCGAAGUGCAUGGGAAACGCCAUUCAUGCCUGCCUUAACUGUGCCUGGAUUGUUUAAAACCUCAAAUGCAACUAAAGUUCCAGUGCAAUUUAUGCAAGGCACUUUGGAGGACGUUCCUUAUGCUGAAAGUGAACGACUGGGUAUCCGUAUCAUGGCGAUGCCUUAUUCGGGAUCGGAAUGUUCAAUGUACAUUUUAUUACCAAAAAAUACUAACGAAUUGAAGUAUAACAUAGGAAAAAUAAUAGCGGACAUCACUGCCGAGGAUAUUACGGAGUUACUCGCAUCUACAAGACCAAGAAAUGUGAACGUGAAGUUUCCAAAGCUGUCGUUAUCCGAUUCCUUGAGCUUGGCAUCGGCAUUACGGAAGCACGCUCGAUACAUGGAGAAUCACAAGCAUCAAAGAAAAAUGCAAUCAGCGAAUAAUAAUUUGGAAAAACUGCCAAUUCCGACCACAAUAUCCAAAAACAAUGACAAUUCGUCGAACUACACGGUGAACUCUGGUGGAAGUCUUCAGCACGUUUCUAAUGCUCGCAAGAUGCCAUCUUUGUUUCAUAAACGUCUUCCGAUCAGCAACGAGGUGCAAAACACAGAAAAUACUAAUCAGCAUAAGGACAUAUUGAUAUUCAAAUCACGUAUGGCUGAAGAGAAUCCAAGUUUUGAAAAAGAAACUCGCUCUGGCGAACCAGAAAUAAUAUUGAGCGCAGCCUCGCACAAUGGUCAGUUUCGGGUUUCAGAAAUGAUCCAACAGAUAGCACUGGAAAUCAAUGAAGCUGGUACGGAAGCUGCAGCCAUAGCUGGUUCCACGAUAAAUUACAGUGGAAUCGUGAAGAACUUCAAAGUCGACAGACCCUUUGGAUUUUUCAUACAACAGGAACAAACGAAAGCUGUACUUUUCUGGGGAACAAUUGUAGACCCUUCGUCCUAGCCCGUAUCAAUUUAUUGGUUACUCUGUAUUUCUUGCUUUUCAAAUUCAUAUUUAUAUUUUAUGACUAAUAGCUUUAUACUGUACCGAACAAGUUUUGUAGAUUCUUAUUUUCUUUUCUAUUAUUAACAUAUUUUACUCCACGCGUACUAGGACAUAUAAUUCACGGACUACGGUUAAGCAGGUUAAGGAAUCGACCAAAGAUCAUGGAAUACUUGAGUCACGACGUUGAUGCGAGAGAAGCGUUAGGCAACGAAGCCAAAAUUACACAAUUUCCGUGGCAAAUGCACUCCACCGAAACCACUUUAAUUUGAUCCUUUCCUUGAGGCCAUCAUCCUCAUCACGUCCACCUUCUGCAUCCACUGCCAUGAUUAGGUAUUCGAACAGAAACACUGGCAAAAUGAUCCUAUCUUAUGGUAAGGUAAAUAUUAAAACAAUUAAAAUACGCCAACCAUCGUGGCUGGACCGUUAUUUAGAAGUUUGCAUUGCCAAAAAAAACGAUUAGUAGGCCAUCAUUAUUUUAUUAUAAAAUUUAUUUACACUUCCAGUUCCUUAUCAACAUACCACAUUGAACCACCAAUCACAAACUUGUAGAGGCUCGCUAAACAAAGUUCCAUUUGGACACAUCAUCGGUACUCCAGUUUGUUCUCCAUAACACACAUAGAAUAUCUGAAAGUAGUAUUAGAUAAGAAAUUAAUUAAAUAAUUCAUUUGCUUGUGUAACGAGAAUUGUCGUUUGACAAAAAUAUUAAUAUUCAAAUUUAUAUUAAUAAUUUAAUCCCAUACAUUAAGUCAAGGCUAACAAUUAAUUUUCUAAGAUCGUACGAGAUAUUGAUUAUAUGAUAAAAUCACGAUCGUCCAGGACUUGUAAAUUGUUUGUAACAGGACGUCAACGUGCGACCUUUCCUAGUAAUAGGUCUGGAAAAAUAUUUUUAAAAAGCACUGUAAUUUUAUAAAACGUAGCCAGACACGCCGAGCGCCGCAAGACUUGCUUUCGCGUCAGAAGCGCGACGGGCGUGACGGCUAUAAGACAUUUAACCUCA